CAUUUUAUAAACCACGCCCACAUAUUUCCGCAUGGUGGACGAGAAGUCCUGUUGUACAUGCUACAUGUGUCCGAAGCAAAAACUUUGCUCGUGCCCGUAGUUUUACUAACGUAAGUACGUGUUAGCAACAAUGUGCUUGUGUUUGAUUUGAAGCACUUUAAGGCAAAGUGACAGGGUGGCAACGAUCGGGCACCGCCACCUACGUUAGCUGGUUAUGCUAAGUGCUAACGCUACACCUUUGUAAGGAUGAAGACCAGUAACCAAAACAGCGUCAUGAGCAUUUUUGAAGAACAAAAUGUGGUGAAAAUUUGUGCGCCGAUGGUUCGUUACUCUAAACUCGCUUUCAGGUCGUUGGUAAGGAAGUACAACUGUGACAUUUGCUUCACUCCAAUGAUAGUUGCAUCUGACUUUGUGCGAUCCAUCAAAGCCAGAGACAGUGAAUUCACCACAAAUGAGUGUGACAGACCUCUGAUUGUACAGUUUGCUGCCCACGACUCUCAGACUCUGGUUGAUGCAACGUGCGCUGUUGCGCCUUUCUCAGAUGGAGUUGACCUGAACUGUGGAUGUCCCCAGAGAUGGGCCAUGUCUGCUGGAUAUGGCGCUUGCCUUAUCAACAAGCCAGAACUGGUUAAAGACAUGAUCAGACAUGUCAAGAACCAAGUGGCCAAUCCAAACUAUACAACGUCCAUUAAAAUAAGAAUUCACAACGACUUGAGGAAGACAGUAGACCUGUGCCAGAAGGUGGAGUCAGCAGGUGUAUCGUGGAUAACAGUGCACGGUCGUACGUCGGAGGAGCGUCACCAGCCAGUUCACUACGACGCCAUAAAGACAAUCAAAGACAGCGUGUCCAUUCCGGUUAUUGCCAACGGCGACAUCAAGUACCCACGCGAUGUGGAAUCUAUUCACCAGCUCACUGGUGUUAAUGGUGAACCCUUUUUUAUGACGCUACAAUGGACCGCUGUGGCCCUCUUCCUCUAUAUGGAGAUAGGCGUCCUUGUCAUCCUCUGCCUGCCCUUCAUCUCAGCUAAGAGGUGGCAGAAAAUUUUAAAUUUGAAGAUCUGGAGCCCAGUUGCCCGCUUUUGGAACAAAGUCUUUCUUACAAUGAUUAUCAUACUUAUUGUCCUUUUCCUUGAUGCUGUCCGCGAGGUGAGAAAGUACUCUGUGAAAAAUCUCGGCACGGAUGCCAAACUGCUCCCCAACAUGCAUGACCACAUGCACAUGAAGCUUUUCCGUGCCCAGCGUAACCUCUACAUCUCGGGCUUCGCUGUCUUCCUCUGGCUGGUUAUGAAGCGAGUGAUCACCUUGAUUAAUCAACUGGCUUCAGUAUCUGGGACAACUGCUGCACUGCAGGCGCAGGCUGACACUGCAAACAAAACUGCCAAAAAGUACAUGGAAGACAACGAGCUGCUUAAGAAGACUCUGAUGGAAGGCUCAGGAGAUGCAGCAACUGCAGAAGGCAUGGAGCUGUUGAAGAAAGAGGUGGAGAAACUGAAAGAAGAACUAAAGGCUUCAGAACACGUACUGAAGAAGUCUGAGUGCGAUGCAGUUGCAUUGAAGAAACAAACGGACAGCCUUGCCAAAGAGUAUGACAAACUGCUUCAAGAACAUCAGGUGCUUCAGAAUGCUCAAAGUCCUGUAAACAAAAAGGAAGACUAACCUUUGGGAGAAAUUCUCCACACAACUCCUUGUGACGCCGCGCAAAUGACACCCAAAGCACAUACAAGUUUUUAAUGGAGCACAUUUUUAACUUUUUGACUCUCCUGGCACAUGACUAUCCCUAAGGAGAAAUUUCACUCGCUUUCCUGUUUCUGGUCAUUCACACUGCGGUGGAAAAAAAAAAGAAAAUCAUCUUGGACCACACAUGAAAGUGACCCAGGUUGGAUUUGAGGAAGAAAAAAAAUAAACCGGAAUCAAGCUGUUUAGAAUGUCCUAAAAUAAUUCCAUAUACACACAUACGUAUGGGCAAUAAUGGGAAUUGAGCUGCAAGGUCAAUAUUAUCUCUUUUUUUGUUUGGGACUUCUCUGAAGCAUGUUAGCAUGAUUGAAAGAAAAAAAAAACAUUCACGCUUGCUUUCAGCUUUGUCUUCUCAGAAAUGAUCCACUUCUUUGUGUGUAUUUCUAAAUCUCUUAAUGGAUCAUUCCCUUAUUCACGACCUCUAUCACUCAUGAAAGUUGCUGCUCUCACAAGUUUACAUUUAUUUGGAUGUAGCACACAUGCACUGUCAGGUCAUUAUGUCUUAGUGAAGCUUUUUCCCUUGUUUUGGCCAUGUCUUAAUUUGAAUGUGUCAUUUGCAAAAAAACGUGUGAGGUAACGCUUUUUAAUGGUGUGUUAGGUGACAAGAAUAUGAAUUUAACCGUAUGGGACAUUGAGUUUGUAUUUUUGUUUUCCAAUUUCACCAAUGUUUCACCUAAUGUAUGGGCGAUGGGCUAUGCUGUAUGCACACUUUGCUCACUUUUGCUGACUAUGUCACAUGCAUGUAAAUCAACAUGCCCAUCACUGUCAGGAAGAUGCACAAAGUUUUUUUUUGUUUUUUUUACAUCUUACACAAAACACCCCAACGCAUUUUUUUUAGAUUGGGUAUUCAAAGUUUUAUUACUUGCAAGGUAUUUUUUCUUGGCAUUUUUACAAAAAUAAUCCAUAAUAAAAAUUAAAUACAUUC